AUGGAAGAAGAUUUGAAGCCGUUUUUCGUUAAAUGGCUUCAAGAAGAAGCUAUCAAUGCUACCAAACGAGGUUCAAAACUUGCGUUGUUAUAUAAUAGAGCCUUGGAUCAAUUGAAAAGAUGUACGACUCCAUUAACGUGUCCUAAAGAUUUACUUCAAAUUCGAUAUUUUGGAGAUAAAACGGUGGAUAACUUAGUCAGUCGAUUAAAGAAACAUUGUGAAGCCAAUAAAUUAGAAGUUCCACCUGGGUUUGCUCAAAGUUCCAAAGAAUCAGUGGGUAAAUCUCGAAGUAAUGAAUUAUUACAAGCUAGACCCGAUUCAAUUACGGAACCACGUACUAAGAAAGCAAGAGUUCAAAAACCAUAUGUUCCCAAACAUCGAUCAGGGGGGUAUGGGAUUAUGCUUGCGUUAUAUAUUCGUGAUAAGGAAAGAGUUGGAUUAAAUAAAGAAGAAAUUAUAAGGAUUGCAACUCCUUAUUGUGAUAAAUCAUUUACAUCAAAUCCAAGUGUUAGUGAUUUUUAUUCAGCUUGGAAUUCAAUUAAAGUCUUAUUUAAACAUGAUUUAGUAAGUAGUACUGGUCAUUCACCAAAGAUAUAUUAUUUAACGGAUACAGGUCUUGAAUUAGCCAAACAAUUAACUAUAACAGAAGGUAUUCAAUCAUCACCUAUUAGACAAGAAGCUGAAGUAUCAUUUGAUAAUGAAGUUAGAGUUACUCCUGAUUCUAGUUUUAAUAGAUGGACUAAAUCAUUACAAGAAUUAUAUAAUUCACCAUUAAAGGAACUUUCAUCAAAUAUUGUACCUCUGUCCCCCGAAAAACCAAUCCCUUUACCACCAGCACCUGUAAAUACAAACACAUCAGCAACUACAGAGAAACGUCCUUCUACAUUAAUUCAUGAUUCCGCUAAUAGAAUCUAUGCUGGCAUAAAUUACGAAGUUUGGAAAAAAGAUGAAUUUGAAGUUAUUUUAAUCGUUGAUACCAGAGAAAUACGAUCUCAACAAGAACGUGAUUUCUUUUAUUCUAGAUUAACUAAUUUAGGGAUCAAGAAUGAAGUUAGAGCUUUACCUCUUGGUGAUGUUUUAUGGAUUGCUCGUCAUAAAAAGUCUAAUAAAGAAGUUGUAUUAAAUCAUAUAUGUGAAAGAAAAAGAUUGGAUGAUUUAGCAUCAUCGAUUAAAGAUGGAAGAUUUCAAGAACAAAAGAAUAGACUAAAGAAAUCAGCUAUGAAAUAUUGUUAUUAUUUAGUGGAAGAAAGUAAUUUAACUUCAUUUGUUCAACCUAUGGGAGAUGCUAUUCAAACUGCUAUUUCGAUGACAAUUACAAUUUCGAAUUUCUGUUUAAAGAGAUUUAAGGAUAUUGAUGAAACCAUAGCGUUCUUAUCUAUAAAUACAAGAGUGAUUAAAGAACAAAUCGAUUCAAACGAUACACGUUUAAUGAUAUUACGCCCUAAAACGAUUGAAAAUCAAGUUCAAUAUAGUGAAAUGAUAAAUCAAUUCCGGGAUAAAUUUGAACAAAACGGUAGAUCAACAAAUUAUGAAUGUGUCCAUUCUUAUCCCAUUUUCCAACUGGCGAUGGGUAAAACUGGAAUGAUGACGGUUAAAGAAAUGUUUAUAAUGAUGUUGAUGACGAUAAAGGGUCUUUCGUUAGAGAAAGCCAUUGUUAUACAAAAUGAAUUCCCUACUCCAAAUCUGUUAUUACAAUAUUAUCAUACAUCAGGUGAAUAUCUUACUGAAGCGCUGAGAAAGGAAUUAUUAAUGAAACGAUUUGAAAAUCAAAUAGGGAAUAAAAAGAUCGGAAAAGUUCUUCUGGAGAAGAUUUAUGAUAUUUGGGGUGCUUCAGCUCCUUAG